ACCUAUAAAAGUAUGGUGGAAUAUCACUAGUAAGUUUUUUUGUUUUAUUCUCAAGUAGCUGCCUGUACUACAACACAUCAAGUCUGUGAAUAUAAAACUAACAGCUUCUUCACCCAAAAUGGUGUAUGCAUAUUAUAAGAUGUGUGCAUGAAGUGUAUUAUGUUAUACGUCAGAUGUAAUAUUCCUGUUGUCAUUCUGAAAUACAGUGAAGUAGCAACUUAGUGUGGAAUGGAUUAGGUUCGGGGUCUUUUAACCACUGUUAUUAAUGUCAUAUGAUCUCCCUGGGCAAUCAGCUAUCGAAGAUUGACAAAUGCUGUAGUAACACAAAUUGUGCAAUGACAUUUGACAUCCUGGAGUGGUGGACUUCCUGUCUCACAGUAUAUAAGGCUCAGACGUACAUGCUGUAUUGUCACUGGGUGUGCACCGUGAGAAUCUGAGCUACAAGACAAAUGGCAAUUAAUCGAAAUUAACCUCCAGGCCCAGCAGGAAAAUAUUAAGGACCUUGAACUUGGAAUCUGAAGAACCCUGCCAUUCCCUAGUUCCUGCAACAACAAGCACCAUCAAGGAUGGACGCAAGCCUCUGCAAUAAUUCGGAUGACAUCGCAUCAAAUAGCAGCCUCGUUGAAACCAUUGAAACCAUUGUACAGUGGACAACAUUCUCCAUUGGUUUUCCUCUGAUCUGUCUGUCCAUUUAUGCCAUGUACUUCCUGAUCAGAGCUGAUCACAUCGCUCCAGUCUAUGUUAUCAACCUUCUUAUUGCAGAUCUCAUUCAGAUUUGCAUGAGGCCAAUCAUACUGUCUGGUUCCUGGAAAUUGAUAGCAAAAAUGAUUGAAUUCUUUGGUAUCAGUGCAAGCAUUGGUUUCAUGGUAUGUGUUGCUCUCGAGAGAUAUCUUGUGAUUGCAUUUCCUCUCUGGUACCGUUUUCGCCGUAACAUCAAAUUCUCGCUCAUAGUGUCCUCCAUUAUCUGGGUGGUUCCUUUCAUCCAAAUCUCCAUGUUUUCCCUCACACCGACUUUUGAGAUUUCACUUAUUUUGUUUGCAGUUAGCCUCCUCAUACCCUUUCCACUGCUUGUAUUCUUCCUUGUGGGCACGUUGAAAGCUCUGUCCGUCUCCAUCUCUGUGCCAGCUGUCGAACAGAGACGGAUUAUUGGUACCCUGGCCCUUGUGCUGGGCAAUUACACAGUCCUGUUCCUACCCCUCAUCAUACAAUAUGUGAUAUCAGGGGUAACAUGCCAAGAGGAUGUGAUGAUUGGGACAAUCUUUGAGAGUUUCAGCCCCCUUGUGGAUCCUCUACUCUAUGUGUUCAUGAGAAAGGGAGCUAAGGACACUCUGGCCUUCCCCUGCUUCGACAAGCUCAUGGGUGACGAGGAGCAGAGUCAGGUCACAAACACUAUGACCAUGACUGAUAGUGGAGUAGAAGGCUCCAGGUAGGACAGGUCCAGGAUAAUGGACUGUAGCUGUAUGAUUCACUAUGUAUAACUCCUAUAAACUCCUUGUUAAAAUGAUCAGAUCGAAACGUUGUCAAAAAAGCGGUGAAUUGGGAGCUUUAACCUUGUUCUUUUCUUUGUUAAAAUCAUACCUUACGGGCCUCCCGAGUGGCGCAGUGGUCUACAGCACUGCAUCGCAUUGCUUUAGGCGUCACUACAGACCCGGGUUUGAUUCCAGGCUGUGUCAUAACCGGCCGUGACUGGAAGUCCCAUGGGGCGGCACACAAUUGUCCCAGCAUUGUCCAGGUUAAGGGAGGGUUUGGCCAGGGGGAUUUACUUGGCUCAUCACGCUCUAGCGACUCCUUGUGGUGGCCCGGGCACGUGCACGCCGACUUCGGUCGCCAGUGAAUGGUGUUUCCUCCGACACAUUGGUGCAGCUGGCUUCCGGGUGUGUUAAGGAGUGCGGUUUGGCCGGUCAUGUUUCGGAGGAUGCAUGACUCGACCUUUGCCUCUCCCGAGCCCGUUGGGGAGUUGCAGCAAUGAGACAAGAUCGCAAUUGGAUAUCACGAAAUUGGGGAGGAAAAAGGGGGUUCCAUUUUUUUUAAAUAAACCUACUUUACUUUUAUUGUUGUAGUUAAAAUGUGAAGAGUACGUGCCUUGCUUGUUAAUAUACAAUGCAUAACAUACUGUAUUGUACACAGCCCUAUUCUGCAUUGCACUAUCUUUGUUGGGCUUGUAUUGCAGCUUUUUAGAAAAAUAUGGACUUCUUUCCUUCAAUAAAUUGAUAAUGUGGAUAUUUGA